AUGGAUGUUGCGGAGUGUCUGAGAAUCUGGCUCGCUGUACAGGUAGGUGUGAUUCUGGAUGGUGGAGAGCUGAUCCUAGCCACAAGAUCCAUCAAUCAGGUACAGAUAGAGAUCAUCGACUGGGUAAAGGUGGAAAGUAAGAAGACCAAAAGCCAAAAAAGUCAAAAUAGCCAAAAAAGCCAAAACAGCCAAAACAGCCAAAAAAGUCAAAAAAGUCGAAUUCCCAUAAAAGCCAUAAAAGCCUAA